AUAUAUCACGUGACAGGGCGCAUUAUCACUACGUUCGUCCGCAAUCAUGUGACACUAAAGCUAGUCACGUGAAUCAUACCCCGCCCUGUACUAUUAGUGACGUCACCGCGUUGAACAGCCUUCGCUCCUGCACAUGUAACCCAAUGGAUAGCGAGAUUCAGAGAGAUGGACGCAUUCUAGAUUUGGUUGAUGAUGCCUGGAAAGAAGAUAAAUUACCAUAUGAAGAUGUAACCAUUCCACUGAAUGAGCUUCCAGAACCUGAACAGGAUAAUGGUGGAGUGAUGGAGUCUGUCAAAGAGCAGGAAAUGAAAUGGGCAGACCUGGCACUGCAGUAUCUGCAUGAAAACGUACCAUUGUCAGGGAGUUAACAUUGCUCUUAUGUUUAAAAACAAAAAUAAAAGUAAAUAAAACAGA